AUGUUGCCACUAUUGAUCGCCCUCCUCCUGGCCCCCGCCCUAAAAGCCUCGUUUUGUGGACCGGCGGCGGUACCGUUCAGUUUCGAAGCCCUACCCGAUGGCCAGCCCGUGCUGGGCUGCGCCCGUCCAACCUGUUUCGGCUGGAAUGCCGCCGGCAAACCAGCCGGCUCGCCAUCGUUGUUCUAUCGGGUUAACAAGAAACCGGACGGAUACUUCCGCAAAAACGCCGAGAUUCAGGUCAGGAAUCUGAACGAGAACGAGGCUCAGUUCUUCCAGGCUCAGACUGCUGUAGGUUUUUGGUUUUAAAGGUUAUUUUAGGUAACAAACUGGGUGGUUUUUUGAAGAAAAAAUUAUUUUAGGUAACAAAAUCGGUUUAUUUGGCCAAAAAUUUAUGUAUUAGGUAACAAAUAGGUUAUUUUUGGCUAGAAAUUAAGAUUUUAGGUAACAAAAUGAAAUAUUUUGAAAAAAAAAAAUAUUUUAAGUAAAAAAUUUUUUUUUCAGAACUGCGCAGCCACUUACGACUCGGAUCAAUGUGCUUCUGAAACUCAAUGGGUUGGAGGCAUUGGACCUCUUUCCAAUGUUACUGGUCUUCCGUAAGUCUAAACUUCACAAAUUUUUAAAACAUUUUUAUUAUUAAAGCUAAAAAUUUAAAUUUAUUACCUGACAUUCGAAAAAAAUCCUAAAUUCAUACCUAAAAUUCCAGACUAGCCCUUCAAUGCUGUGACUACGACCCCCUCCUCCUCUCCCAAGAUCGAGGCAUCGCCGCCGUUAAGCCCGGACAAAUCGUGAUCGGCGGAGAAAUCUUGAGCGGCGAACGUCAGUACGCGUUUGACUACAUCAGUGACAUCGUGAAAAACGUUUCCAAGGACGGUACGGUGGCUUAUGAUGUGUAUGUGCGUCGUUUGCCCUGCCUGCCACAGCCUUCCGAAGUCACGGUGUCGGUGGAGCGAAGCGUGUACGCUGAGAUUGGAAACAGAUUCGACAAGAAGUCGAAGCACGACCGGAAGGGCUCCAAAGCGUACCAGGCUCCACUCCAAGAAUUCGGAGAGAAUAGUAACAUCGCGUUGGAGAGCUUGAACAACAAUGAAGUUGGUACAGGCGCACGAAACGUGGUGGACAACCAAGAAGGUGGACAGGAAGUACAAUCGACCGGUCAGAUCGUGUCUCAGUCGGAAAGAGUUAUCCUUGAGCCAACUGGCCAAGAGACAGUCCAAGUGGUUCAGGGUCAAGCACCAGUUGCACCAAACUCUGUAGGCGGCGGUGGAGAAACUGUAGUACAAGGUCCAUUCGUAGCCGACGGUGAAGCCGAUGAAGUUGUAGACGCGAUUCAAGGUCUCGAGCUUCCCGAAGGUCAAGUUCCAGCCGGUUUGGUUGAAAGUGCUCCAGCUGCACCAGCUUACAGCGGCGGCUAUGGAGGUGGUUAUGGUGCUGGAGGUGGUGGUGGUGGCUCUGCCUUCUGCUUCUCCGCCGAUACCAUGGUUACUAUGGCUGAUGGUACCACGAAACGUAUGGACGAACUGAAUGUAAAUGACUGGGUUUUGUCAGCAAACCAGUCCAGUCAAGUCCAGACUCCAGUCGAGUCUUGGAUUCAUAGAAUGCCCAACCAAGAAGCCGAAUUCCUGAAGAUUCAGCUUGAAGACGGCAAGAGUCUGAAGAUCACGGACAAGCACUACAUCUACAAGACCAAGUGCACCAAACAGAACCAGCCUUUGAAGUUCUACGAAGUCAGCAUCAAGCCAGUCUACGCCGAGCAAGUUACCGUAGGCGAGUGUCUGUACGUGUAUGAAGAUGACGUUUUCGUCCAAAAACAAGUCACGAUGAUCGAGAAGAUCGUGGAGACCGGCAUCUACGCUCCGAUGACAGCCAAUGGUGACAUCAUUGUGAACGGCAUCUUCGCUUCGUGCUACAAUAUUCUGAAUUCGAGCGUCAUGCAGAAGACUUUCUUCAACUCCUUCAAGAACUGGCCUAGCUUCAUGGGCCAACAAAAUGAAGUUGAUCUACCAAUCUUCACUCAUGUGGUACUUGAGCUGAUGGAGUAUGUCCUUCCAAAAACUCUCCUCUAA